AUGUUGUUUAAAAAUUAUUCUUUUGUCGUAUUUAUUGUUUCGGUCUUUCAGGGUGUUUAUUCUUUUUUGGAUCCUUCUAAAUGUAAAUUUUAUCAAUAUUCAAUACCUGCAUAUACGUCAAUUGAGAGGGAGUCCAAUCGUUGGCAAAGGAUCGGUGAUUCUUACUAUCAGACUACAAAUGUUAACUAUUAUUUGUAUUCUAAUGCUACUCACACUUAUGUAGUGGGAGUUUGUUAUGAAUUCUCUGCAUCUGAUUGGGGCAAUAGAAAUAGACCCAUUCCAAAAUCUAUACAAGAUCUUGUCAGAACUUCGUGUGUAGCCGGUCAAUGUGACUCAGGUCAUCUUGUUCCGGCUUUAUUAGGCGGUACUAAUAAUCCUCAUAAUUUUGUUCCCCAAUCCUCAUCAUUGAAUAGAGGUUCUUGGAGAACUUCUGAAGAAUUUUGUGCUGAUCGAGAUCCUAUGGGUUCGAUAGUUGCAAUUACCAUAGGUUAUGACUACCAUCGUUCCUCAAAUAUAGUACCUAGAUCCUCGAUUUCGAAUUUAGUCUACUCGCAGCCUUUGUACAUGUCUAUGAUUUCAUAUUCGAAUCUUUCCCCUUAUAUUGACUCAAGAACUCUUUUAUAUUUAUGUGGUAAAUUUAGAAACGACGAUCAAGGAAGACCAUAUCCUUAUAAUACACCUCAAAAACUGUUGUCUAAUAUCGUACCUGGAGAUUGUCCUGGAUAA